AGAACUCAGACCUGCAACACUGGCCUACUGGACACUUAAGGACCAAGACUUUAAGGAAGUAACUUUACAGAGAGGAAGAUGUGAGACACUUGUGCAAGAAAACCUUUUUUUCUCACCUUUGCGAAAUUAAGGACUUCCCUAUGGGGCUGAAAUAUGUGACGGUGUUGGUGGGCGAAUGACUCGUCUAUCUCUAUAGCGUUGUCUGUCUACACUUAAGCAGUAGAGUUUAGUCUCAGCAUUACGUUGUGUCAGUGGGCUUCUUCUGCAUCUUGAAUCACUGGUGGAGGUACAGGAAGAGAAGGGAGAGAAAGUUAUAAACAGAGGUAUAUUUUAGGCGUGGGAAGUGAAAUGUUGUAGGUGUUAGUAUUUACUUAGAUUACACUCCACUAUCUCCCUGCACUGUUUCUAUUUUGUUCUGUCCACUGGCGUGUCUACAGCAUGGACUGGCUGAUUGCUGCCUACUGGAGAUCCCCUCUCAGACACUUUGCAUCGGACACUGGACUGACAAUGAAACGACGGCGCAAGUACUGGUUUUGGAGCCGGAAAGGUAAAAACUCAAAGAUGUGUCUACUCUGCUGUUAUGAGAGGAAAGACAAAACUCGUUGUUUCCAGUCCAAGAGCGCCGAUGAGGAGGCUUGCGUGGCUGUAAAGAUCGAACACUCCAGUGCUCUUGGCAGUAGCCUGGUGUGCGAGCACAGUAACCCACCCAGUGUGCAGGCGUGUCUGAGUCGGGCGGGCGGUGGGACAGCUAUCAAGAGCAAGGGAGGGGUCAAUGGAAGAGCCCCUGGCAACAGGCCUCGGUCGCUGUCUAAACCAAAAGUGCCUCCAAAGCCACUACAUCUCCAGAGCCCGGUGACAGAGCUCACAUCCCCGCUGGGCCGAAGCCAGAAACCACCGCUCAGAACGAGAAUGGAGGACGGGGGAGGAGGAGGAGGAGGAAAAGGGGCUGUGAACCGGGAGAAAGCCAAGGAAAAACAGUCCAAGGUGUCAAGCCUCAUCAGCCGCUUUGAAGAGAAUAGCAACACAGAGAACAAGAGAGACAGCUCGCCACUCAAACAGAUCAGCAAGUCAUCCAACUGCAGCCCAGCUCACCGCGCCCACCAGAAGCAGACCGAGCCCAGUGGAAUUCAGGAGAAUCACACCACCGUGCCGGCACCGCCGCAGGAUGCCCACAAACCGGCAUCUAACGGGGUGGUAGCGCAGAUGGAGCAGGACAAGGUGACGGAGGACAAACAGGAGAGGAACAAUGAAAGUGUGAGGAUAGAGACGGCCGGGCUGGUAAAUGGAGAUAUGGGGGACGGGAGCGCAGAACAGAGUGAUGAUCAUUCACCUCCACAUACAGACAGGACUGGCACAGAAUGCCACACUGAGAAUGAGGACAGUGGUACUCAAACAGAAAGUGAACACAGGAAUGAAGAAGGGAGCGCAGACCAUAAGGAGACAAAUGAGCAGAAGCUGUAUAAGAUCGCCAACGAGCUUUUGCAUACAGAGAAAGCCUACGUGGCGCGACUUAACCUGCUGGACCAGGUAUUCUGUGCUAAGCUAAUGGAGGAGGCAAAUAAAGGGACAUUCCCUGUGGAGGUAGUGAAGAACAUCUUCUCCAACAUCUCCUCCAUCCACACCUUUCACAGCCAGUUUCUGCUUCCAGAUCUGGAGAAACGCAUGGGAGAAUGGGCGUCCACACCUCGCAUUGGCGACAUCCUGCAGAAACUCACACCCUUUCUCAAAAUGUACGCGGAGUACGUAAAGAAUUUCGACAAUGCCAUGGAGCUGCUGAAACAGUGGACAGAUCGUUCGCCUCAAUUCAAGUCCAUCAUUCAGGAGAUACAGAGUCAAGAGGUCUGUGGCUUCCUGACACUUCAGCAUCACAUGCUGGAGCCGGUGCAGAGAGUCCCUCGCUACGAGAUGCUGCUUAAAGACUAUCUGAAGAAGCUGCCUCAGGACAGCUCUGACAGACGGGAUGCAGAGAAAUCAUUAGAAAUUAUCGCCACAGCAGCGACUCACUCCAACAGUGCCAUACGAAAAUCUGAUAAUCUGAAGAAACUGAUGGAGAUAUACGAGAUGCUGGGCGAGGAGGAGGACAUUGUUAACCCCUCUAACGAGUUUAUAAAAGAGGGUCACAUCUUGAAGCUGGCAGCCAGGAACACCUCGGCCAUGGAGCGAUACCUCUUCCUGUUCAACAACAUGCUGUUAUACUGCGUGCCCAAAUUUAGUCUUGGGGCGGCGAAGUACACAGUGAGGACGCGGAUCGGUAUAGACGGCAUGAAGGUCCUGGAGACGACCAACGAGGACUACCCUCAUACCUUUCAGGUGUCAGGGAAGGAGAGGACACUGGAGCUACAGGCCAGCUCAGAGCAAGACAAGGCAGACUGGAUUAAGGCUUUCCAGGCGACCAUUGAGAUCUUCCAGCAGAAAAACGAGUCAUUCAAGAACGCCUUAAAAGACGUGGAGGAAGUAUCGAACGCAGAGCUGGGGAAGCGUGCCCCUCGCUGGAUCCGCGACAAUGAAGUGACAAUGUGUAUGAAGUGUAAAGAGUCUUUCAACGCUCUGACGCGGCGAAGACACCACUGCAGAGCCUGUGGCUACGUGGUGUGCUGGAAAUGUUCAGACAAUAAGGUGGCGCUCGAAUAUGACAGCAACAAGAUGAACAAAGUCUGCAGAGACUGCUUCUCCAUCCUGACCGGAGAAAGGAUAACUGAGGGCAAGAAGAAGGGCAUCCUGGAGAUUGAGGCAGCACAGUUCACGGGCAGCAGCAUCAUGUGUGGCUUCCUGCAGUACUGUGAGAAGAACAAACCUUGGCAAAAGGUGUGGUGCGUCAUCCCUGAGAAGGAGUGUCUGGUGCUCUAUCUCUACGGAGCUCCGCAGGAUGUAAAGGCCCAGUGUACUAUCCCCCUCCUGGGAUAUUCUGUGGAUGACAGCGCCCGGCCCACAGACCCUCCGGCCACUUUCCGUCUCUCUCAAUCCAAGUCCAUCCACAACUUUUAUGCUGAAAAUGAGGAUGUCAAGCAGCGUUGGCUGAAGGUGAUUCGAGUGGCAGUGACGGGAGAGGUGCCUGAAUGCCACCAUGCCAACGGCAGCAAUGCCAACGUGGUGGACAACAACAACACACAAGAAGCGGGUACGGAUAGCACAUAAGGCUGAGAGCAAACUGUUGUUGGGAUUGCUCAAGAAAGACGGUAUGUGCGGACCUGUGCUGCAACGCGCAAGAUAUAAAUGCACACUCUCCAUGCUGUCCUUAAAUCUGAAUCCUAAAGACAAAGUGGAAAAAAAUCAGUGCUGGAUAAGCUGCCUUUCCUUGCCACUCUCCCCGUUUCACAGUUUCUUCAUGGAUUUUCAAGUAAACCCACACAAGAACUUUCAGUUCUUGAGUGCUAGAGCUGUGCUGGAUUACUAAAAGAACAUGUCUAGUACAAUCAACACUAGAGCAAAAGAGGCCUCAGGAUUGAUCGACUUCUCUCAAACAGGCACUAUUAAGAACAGCUCAAACUCGCUCUUCAUGGACUAUUAACCUGUGUCAACUCCUUUUGAGCCAGUGGACUACCACAGACUUAUACAGCCUAUACAGGAUGUGAAUAAAUGCUUAAGGACAGUCCAAACUAAGUCUGCUGGUGCUGUAACUCAACUGUGUGUACCUGUACAGUAUAAAUGUUUCUUUUUUUCUUUUCAGAAAGGAACUAUUUGUUUUAAUAACAUAGAAAACAUCUAGAUAUGACAUAAAGUAUACAGUAUUCCUACUUUUCUUUGUUUGAGAAGUUCCAAAACUAGUAAAAUGAUCACGUGGUUGGAUAAUGAUGGUCUCAUCUCCCUCUCUCUCAUCCCUCAGUGAAAAUUCAUCAACAGGUGAAUCAAACUCUGUCUGCUUUGCUAUCGGUUCGCACCUGAACUCUGUUUUCAAUGAAGAAAAAUGAACUACUUUGCAAAUUAGUUGUAAGUAUAAGUAUGAAAUGUGCUGAUCAUAUGAGAAAUAAGUUGUCCUGGAGGUGAUUGAGUCUAAAAUUCCAGCUUUAUGUGGUGCAGUGCUGCUCAGUGAUUUUCAACUUUGCCCACAUUGGCAACCAGAGCUAUCCAGCUGUUUAGUUUUGCUUCUCUAUUGAAUUGGGAGAAUUGCAAAACACAUUUUUAGGCUUACAAUCGACCUUCCCUGUCUGUUAAAUCCCAAGGUUUUCUGGGGAUAUAUAUUUAAAGUCUGAAGUGUAACUGAUUGCAUCACUAUGACAUCUCCAGGGUUAUUUUCUGAGAUUAGAAAGCUCCCUGCACAUCCCCAUUGCAGAGGACAUUUUCACAGCGCGAGUCAUACUAACCAUGACAAAUAAACAGUCCUUUAUGUAUGAGCCUUGUAUUGUCGUAAAAAUCCGUCCUCAGAAAAUGUUUGUAUGAAAGGCUGAGGAUAAACGGAUAAAUGCACGUCCAGUUACAGGACAGUCACAGACAUAAGUUCAUGCUGCGAGAGAUGAGGGGGGAUCAUCGUUGUCCCAUUCUGUGGCAGCGUUCUCUAUUCAGAUGCAAAUGCAGCACAAUCACAGACAUGACAAAGCUGGUGCGAGAAAUGUAAAUGUAUUUUUUAAUGCUGUAAUUAAUUUUAUUAUUUAAAAGUAAUUUAUAGAGUAUGACAAGCAUGAUCUGUUAAAAGUAGCACAAAAUCGUUCCCUCACUGUCAGCUAAGAAGUGCGGUAGGUAGAUGUUUUUUUUGUUUUCUGAAAGCAGAUGUUUUUUCCACUAACUCAUCAAACGCGUCACCUUGGUUGUUCAGCGUGACAGCGACCGUUCAGUGCUGGAUGGACCGCGUUCUUUUACACAGUUCUCCUCCACCCUGUGCUUGAUGCUGGUGCUCGUCUGAGUCCCACUCUUCUGAACUAUUUUUAUUCCUCAGUAUUCAAAAUAAAAAAAAAAACAAGAGCACAAAGCCUCCCUCUCUGUAAGAUCUGAAUAUAUAUCCAGAUUUUUUUCAAGUCCUCUCACCCCCUUCCCCGAAGGUUUGAGGAGCUUUGCACUUUACAGUAUCUUAAAGUGUACCUUCAAAGAAAAUAAAAAACAGAUUAAAUAUUA